CUUGUUCUUCAAUUUCAGAGUUGUAAGGAUGAGAGCUGGAUCAGCAUUGCAAAGUAUUUGAAGGAAGAUGUUCCUCGUCUUGUAAGCUCACAACAUGUUGAUACUAUUGAAAGAAUCUUAUAUGUUGUAUUCAAGUCACUUCCGGCAGAUUUCAGCCAGUUUAUCAGAUGGAUGGUUGAGGUUCGAAGAAUAGAGGAUUUUAAUCAAAAUCUCAGCUUAGAGGAGAAAUCAAGGCUCGACUUGAAGCAAGAGUUGCUGAAACAAGUGCAAGAAACUAAACUGUUCAAGCAUGUGGAUAAGUUUCUAUCCUCUGUGAAUUACGAAGACAAUCUGCCAUACGUUUCUGUCAAGGUGUAUUCCGAAGGAGGAGAAAUCUUAUCGGGAAAUGAAUCAGACGAGUCCUGUUGCGAGGAAACUUGUGUGAAGUGCAUCAAAGGUCUUGGUGAGGAGAAAAUGACAGUGAAAGCUUGCCCAUCUGGGAACGAUGUGUUCACUGCUCUUCUAUUGGCUUUACCUUCACAGACUUGGUCAGGUAUCAAGGACCAGUCACUUUUGCAAGAAAUGAAACAGCUCAUUUCCAUGGUUAACCUCCCGACUUUGCUUCAGCAAGAGGUUUUGCAUCUACGACGCCAACUUGAGCUACUUAAACGAUGCCAGGAGAAUAAAGAAGAAGAAGAACUCUGUGCUCCUGCGCCUAAUUAAACACAACAACUCUCUAAUUUCU